CAUUUUCUUCUCAGAUUCAAGUCUCUAGCGUUCACAUUUUCAUUCACACGUUUUGUCGAACAACUUGUCACCUUGAUAUCCCUGUAUCAGUAAUGGAAAUUAGUUCUUUCCCAUUUCUUAAUCAAGAAGAUCAUUCAUACCUCUACAGUUUGUUCCAAGAGAUGGAGAAUUUCAAUGUGAACAAAAACUCGAUAAAGCGGAGACGGAAAGAAAGUGGUGGGGGUAAUAAGGAAGAGACGAAGCAGAGCGCGUUGAGGGAUAUGCUAAUGAGUUCACUAGUCUUGUUAGGUGAGGAGGAGAAGCAAGAUCAAGAAAGAGGGUGGAUUUUGGAUGCUCAGCAAGAUAAGGCCCUCUCCGAGGCCGACACCAUGGAAAAUACUCGAGCUAUGAACGACUUCUAUUCACAGCUCGAAAGUAUUUACUCUGAUUUGGACCAAUUGGAUUCCUCUAGGACCAAGCGGGCCCGCCGGUCCCCUGUUUCUGCCGCUACCGCUGCUGCACCGGACAAUGCCGGGUCCAAUAAUCCUCCGCCACAGGAUGCUGCGGCGACUGGAGCUAGGGGCCAGCCGCACCAUCGCCGGCUGUGGGUUAAGGACCGGUCCAAGGACUGGUGGGACCAGCACAACCACCCUGAAUUUCCCGAAGAGGAGUUCCGCCGCGCGUUUCGGAUGAGCAAGGCCACGUUCAACAUGAUCUGCGACGAGCUCGAAGCCGUUGUUACGAAGAAGAACACGAUGCUUCGAGAAGCGAUUCCGGUUCGCCAACGCGUUGCUGUGUGUAUUUGGAGAUUGGCCACCGGUGAGCCUCUUCGAGUCGUGUCGAAGCGAUUCGGGUUGGGUAUAUCCACUUGUCACAAGCUUGUUCUCGAGGUUUGCUCGGCUAUUCGUAGUGUUCUAAUGCCAAAGUUCCUUCAAUGGCCAGACGAGAAUAGAUUGAGGACGAUUAAGGAUGAAUUUCAGUUGAUUUCAGGGAUACCGAACAUUGGUGGUUCUAUGUACACGACCCACGCUCCUAUCAUCGCCCCGAAGGUUAACGUGGCUGCUUACUUCAACAAGCGGCACACGGAGAGAAACCAGAAGACUUCGUACUCUAUAACAGUUCAGGUUGUUGAUCCUAAAGGAGUGUUCACCGAUGUUUGCAUUGGUUGGCCUGGUUCGAUGCCCGAUGACCAGGUGUUGGAGAAGUCUGCACUGAGCCAGAGGGCCCAGAUGGGGCUCUUGAAGGAUGUUUGGGUUGUUGGGAAUUCUGGGCAUCCUCUCACGGACUGGGUUUUGGUUCCUUAUACGCACCAGAACCUCACUUGGUGUCAGCAUGCGUUCAACGAGAAGGUCGGGGAGGUUCAGAGGGUUGCAAAGGAGGCAUUCGCGAGGUUGAAAGGGAGGUGGUCUUGCUUGCAGAAGAGAACAGAGGUGAAACUCCAAGAGUUGCCAGUGGUUCUUGGGGCUUGCUGUGUCUUGCACAAUAUCUGUGAGAUGAGAAAUGAAGAGAUGGGUCCGGAGCUGAGUUUUGAGCUUUUUGAUGAUGAGAUGAUCUGUGACAAUAGCUUGAGUUCUGUGAGUUCAAUUCAGGCUAGGGAUCUGAUUGCCCACGAUCUGUUGCACCGUGGCCAGGCAGGCACUCGUUACACUUUAUAGUUUUAGAGUUUUUUUUAUACGUUGAUUUUUGUGAUUCUUUUUGCUAUGGCUUGUUACAGCCAUAUUUGCACAAUAAGAAUGGGCUAUCUUUGUAUGAUAUGUUUGGCCCCCUAUAAUAUAUGAUCCAUAGUUUUUUCUUAAA